GCCCAUCUGGGGUUACAAGACCUGUAUUUCCUCAUCACGUGAUCUGGAAUCGCAGCAGAAAAACAGAUAUUGCUCGAGACAGAAAACUCCACAUAACUCCAAAGACAUGACGAUCACAGACGUGUCCCGUUGUACGAUGGAAGUUAUAGAAGUUGAGCAAUUCUUGCGGAACCCUCCGCCCGGUUUCACCGUAGAGGCUGGCUACGGAUUCGUGAAAAGCGAUCCUGAAAACUGCUGCGUGUUCAUCGAUGACUUCGAGUUAUCCAGAGGAGGAAAAGUAGUCUUCCAACACUCGCAGGGAAAGAAAAUCACAGUGCGCAAUUUGGGAGAUUACACUCGCUUCAGGAAGAACCUAACCUCAAAAAAGAUAUAUAUACUGGUGUCUGCAUGUGAAAGUACACCUUCAUCGACAGAUAACAAAGCUCCCAAAAACAGAAGAGUGCUCCAGCAGUAUGUGGUGUCCAUUGAUGGUCGUAACCCUCUGAUCAAGUGGGAGAUUGAGAGAGGCCUGGACAGGACUAUCUCCUCUGUGGCUGGGGAGAGCUACAGGGUCGACAUUGACCUGUGUGAUGCGUUGCGUGGCUGGGAAGGGGAGAGUUUCUGUCUCCUAGGCAACAGAGAGAAGGUCACACCCGUGUGGAAGGAUACCUGCUUCACCUUGAAAUAUUACUCGGAUGCCCUCUUCGACUUCCCACACUGGCUCGGCUUCAGCAAACGCCAUUUCAAGAUCUCCUACCAUGGAAGAUGAGACCUUAGCAAGAAUCAAUAAUUACUAUUUGAUGGGCAAGAAGACUGGACAUAGGCCAAAGAUGAUGAUCUAUUAUAUUGACAAGGUAGCCGAGUGACCACUCUAACAAUGGAAAUGCAUGUCCUCAAUGUUUGAAGGCAACUGAGGUCAGGUGGGACCAUACUAGCCAAUGAGGGGGCAGAUAUGUGUGUGAACAACAGGCACAACCAAGUCAUUUUUCGCAAAGCUGUCGGAAUGCCACCUGCAUCCACUUAUAUCAGUACAUUUGAAACAGUCAAAAAAUUACAAACUUCUAUUGAAAUCAAAUUAGCCCCAUGUAUUUCUACACUCUCUCAUAGACCUCCAUACAAAAAGGGUCUUAUCUCACACGGACAUAUUUAGGGCGGUAAAAUCCUCUCGCUUCGCCUCUUCCAAGGCCCACGUUUCAGUGGACAGUGACAACUGCCAGUUGAAGUGAGAAGCUGGGAUACCUGCUGCCUGCUAUGCAGGAUUCCACCACUGGGAGGAGCUGUUUAUCAGUAGACUGGAUCAUCUCGUUUAGGUGUAAGACAUGGAUGGUGUGUUCAAUGCUGCUGCUUUGGUUUGAGAAUUUAACCCUCGGCUGCACUGUUAUGUCACUGGGAAGAUGGAGUAAGCCAGUCGGAAAGGAACUAUUGAAAGAACAGCCCAAAAGACUUUCCAAUAAGUUGUUUCAUCAAGUUCAUAUAUACAGGGCCUUCAGAAAUUAUUCCCACCCCUUGACUUUUUCUACAUUUUGUUGUGUUACAGCCUGAAUUUAAAAUGGAUUAAAUUGAGUUUUUGUUACUGACCUACACACAAUACCCCAUAAUGACAAAGUGGAAGGAUGUUUUUAGAUUAAAAAAAAGAAAGAAAAUCAAAUUAAUAAAAAUAAAUAGUUGUAAGUAUUCAACCUCUUUUGGCAAGUCUAAAUAAGUUCAGAAGUAAACAAUCCACAUAAUAAGUUUACAUGGACUCACUGUGUACAAUGAUAGUGUUUAACAUGACUUUUGAAUGACUACCUCAUCUCUGUACCCAACACACAAUUAUCUGUAAUGUCCCUCAGUUGAGCAGUGAAUUUUAAAAAGAAUAAUGGGCAAAUGUUGCACAAUCCAGGUGUAGAAAACUCUUAGAGAGGUACCCAGAAAGACAGCUGUAAUCGCUGCCAAAAUUGCUUCUACAAAGUAUUGACUCGGUAGUAUUUCUGUAUUUACUUCUCAAUAAAUUUGGAAAACAUUUGUAAAAAAACAGGUUUUCACUUCAUCAUUAUGGGGUAUUGUGUGUAUCUGGGUGAGAGGGAAAAAAAUCUAAUCAAUCCAUUUUGAAUUCAGGCUGUAACACAAAAUGUGGAGUAAGUUGAGAGGUAUGAAUACUUUCUGAAGGCUAUUUACGUUGUUAGAAAACAUUUUAAAAUUGUGUAUGGCGACAUGAUUUCUAGAACAUCAGGCGGCAUGAUUUCUAGAACAUGGGGACAUGAUUUCUAGGACAUUUGAAUGUAGAUGUUGAGAUGUAUGCUCUUCAGAUGAAGGGUCACCUUGAAACUGUUCAAAUGUCAUUUAGAGGGAUAGCUGUGGCAUAUCAACAUAUUUUAUACAUUUUCAAUAGAAUUCAAUACUAUGUAGCUUUUGUGUUUUUAUUUCCCAGACAAAAAUAUAAACAAAUAAAGAAUAUAAAACAUGAAA